AUGUCAGCCAGCAGAAAGGCUUCCCAGGGCCGUAAGAGCAGCACGCAGAGGCGCAAAAAGGCAAGAGAUGAGGAGUUGCAAGCCAAAAUCGAGAAAAUCUGGGAAGAAGUGAAUGAGGAUGUUGAAUGGCUUUCUCAGCCUCCUUCCGAUGAUAAAAGGAAGAAGUGGAGAUUUACGCGCAUCUUUCAUGGCGGAGGUACAACUAAAACAAAGGACGAUCCAAAGUCGCAGCCCGAAAGCGACAAAAAUGAGCACAAGCACGACAUAAAAGUUUCAACUGCGAAGAUUCUCGGGAUUUUGCACAAUGUGAAGCCGGAACCAUCGAAGGAUAAGAGCGCCAAGUACGAGAAGUUUGAGAAAACUGUGACCAAUACCAUUAAGUGUAUCAAUUGGCUGGGCGAGCGUGUAGCCAGUGCGGCAUCGGUGACGUUCGCACCGGCACCGUCCUGCUUCAAUGCGAUCAGCUUCUUCCUCCAAUUCUGGAUCAACUACGUGGAAAUGUUCGAUAAGCUCGACCAGCUCCUCUCAACCUGCAACGAUUUCAUUGGCCGCCUCCACAUCUACGAAAUGGACGAAUUUGGAGAGAAGGUUCUGGAGCUCCAAUACAUCGCCACGCAACUUCUGCAAAGUACCGUUAAGGUCUUUCGACUUAGUAUCUCGAUUUCUUCUUCGAGUAAAGAUGUCAUGAAAAAUCUUAUGAAAAAGAGCUUCCUAGGUGAAAGCGACAUUGAUGAGCUCAUUGGUGGUAUGGAGAAAUUGGUGGAGCAGGAGAAUAACCUUUUAACGGCCCUGUCGUAUGGUAACGUCCGCAACAUCAGGCAGAUAUUAGAGCAGCAACAGACAACAGCAGAUGCGAACGGGUGGCGCAUCGCCAUUGCAAAAGCUCUAGGUUUCGGUGAUGAUGAACCCAAGCGUGUGUGGCGGAAUAGACUCGAAGAGAUCACAGCGUCACUGAUCCCGGAAACCGGGGAUUGGGUUAAAGAGUUGAAGGAAUUUAAGGACUGGGUGGCGCUGGACGAAGAUAAUGCUGCCGGCAAAGAGAAAGAUUCCAAGCCUACGCGGCCUAUACUGCUAAUUGAGGGCGCGGAAAGUACAGGCAAGUCGUAUUUGAUGGCGAACAUCGCGACACGUUUCAUCGAACCAAAUCAUUCGAUUGCGUAUUAUUUCCAUGACGGCGCUUCCGAUCUGCAAAUGGACCGCUACCGCCUCCUUUCGCUAGUCUCGAGGAGCUUGGCAUGGCAAUGUGCCACGUUCUCUGGGCUUUUGAUGAAGUCAAUGGCCGAAAGAUGUCAAAUAAUGGGAAACAAUCCAAACGUCUACGAUGUCUGGAGGCAGUUGUUCGUGGGAAACGAGGAAAUAAAGAAGGUUAAACGACCAUUCUACAUCCUGAUCGAUGGCCUGGAAGGCAAUAUGCUGAAAGAUAUCAUUUCCUUUGUGAAUCAGCUAGUAGACAGUGGAGAGGAAACAUUUCGUGUCCUUGUGAGCACAAGAAGUUCGAGCGUGCAGGAGCACAUGAAAGAGGGAUCCUUUGGGCGCAUUUGCCUCCGCGAUGACAAAAAGAUCAACAAUCAUUCCGACAUUGAAACGUACAUUCAGCGCAAACUGGAUAACAUGCCCGCAUUCGAUGGGACUCAUCACCCCAAAGCCGAGGACUAUAGGAAGGAUAUCACAAAGACUCUCAGGGAGCAGACGGAGGGCGAUUUUGCAUGGAUGGCGAUUAUCCUGGACAAGCUCCGCUCAAAGCAUCAUCUGACAGAUAUAGACAAAAUUUUACAAAACGUCCAGGAGCCGAGAGUGAAGCAAGUCGAGAAUGAGAUUAAAAGACUCAACAGAGAGCUUACGUCCGAGGAAAUCAAGGAGAUCAACGAGGUUAUCCUUUGGUUGUUGACGUCGCAAGUCACACCCACCCUAGACGAUAUGAAGGCAGUGCUUUCUCUUGGACCGCAUACAGACUCCCUGAUGCCGCUACACCGUCGACUGAAUCCUCUUCUCAGUGCUAAUGAGUCGGGCAGAAUCCAGUUCAGGCUCAGCGAGAUCAAGAAACAGAUCCUGGAGAAACAAAGCUUGGUGGCCAAGCAGAGCUCGAGUGAAACAUCCGUUUCUUCGCGGCUCAUAGAAGCGGAAGUGGAAUUGGUCCAUCGCUUUCUAACCCACGUAUUGCCGCGAAAAGCAGAUUAUGAUAAAGACGAGCUCCAGCGCAUCCUAUGGGACGAGUUUUCGCAACCUUUGAAGCCUACUAUCUGUUAUGAUGAGCAAAAUGCUCAUAUCCGAGUAGCAUUGACAUAUCUAGAGGUCCUAACGAGUAAGAGCGAUGAACAAACUCGAAGGCUUCGUCCUAACGCGGGGAAAUAUCUGCUCUAUCAUCUUAAGAAAACACAACGGAAGGUAGUAAGGAAAGACCUCAAAGAGAAGAUUGGCCCGCUUCUGGUCAAGCUGUUCACAGAAGAUGACUGCAUCGACACACUAUUCUGGACAAGAGCGGAGCACAUGAGCCAUACAUCCUGGCAAAACAGUGAGGGACUGUGGCUAAAGGAAAAUCGUGAGCGCUGGCUAUAUACGUCGACCGGAGUGAUCGAGAUGGCAAAGUGGCUCUCAGACCUGGAAGUAGUAGACGGUAUCGUUGGCUCGGGCAAGAUUUUGGUGACUGAAUUCAAUGAUAAAAAGAACGCCAGUUGUCGCCAUGAGAUCCUUUUACAAGCGGCAGCCAAGCGGUUGGCUACGCAUUUGUUUUUGGAAAACAUAUAUACCCGCCGGGAACAGCUGACGGCUGUAUAUUUCCUUAAUGGGUACGUCACGAGGAUGGGCAACCAAAAGGACGUGUCCCCAUGUCAAAAAGACCGCGAUCGACUCCAAUGGGAGGAGUUCCGUCGCAUCAGAGACUGGGCUACCAAAUUGGACGGAUUCGAAAAGAAAUCUAGCCACAAUUCCUGGUCGUGGAAAAUUCAGGUUGCCAGAACCAUAUUCACCAUAUGCGAUAGAUACGACAAGAACGCAAACAACGCGGCAAAGCACCUCCUUCGCGAGGUACAGAAUAUAGACGAAAAGCUAUGGGAGGGCAGUGUUUUAGCCUGUCAGACGAUUGCUGAACAGCUACUCAUAGAGAAUUCCCAUGCGAAGGCUCAAAAGGUUCUUGAAAAAGCCACGGCGAGAUAUCUCAAGAACGAAGGAGAGGUGCCAGCCUCGUCAGACAAAAUGCUUGUUGCUAUUGCUUUCCUCGAUUUGGGAGACUUAUAUUGGAAAGAGAAGCAAUAUGAUCAAGCAGCGGCAAUGUAUCGUCAAAGUUUGAAGUACGACGCUACUCGCUAUGCGCGGUAUCUCAAAAUACUGCGCUUGUAUAAUAAAAGGGAGGACUGGCCCGAAACAAUCGGCCUUCUCAAAGAACUCACAGAGGUCAAGAAGUCUGACAAACUUUACUUGAAUCGAUUGGUAUAUGAUUUCGUGGCCGAAGAUAGUUUCCGAAAAUCCCUGGUUAGAGCCAAAGAACACAAGGACUGGAAGCAAGUGGUGGACAAGACUUUUACACAGGCAAUUGAUGUUGCAAACGGAAGUCCUGCCGAGUUAUUCCACAUCAGAAAGGUGUACGGCCAGAUCCUGCACGAAUGCGCAGAUGCGAGUAGAGAGGAUGACGUUAUCGAGCAGUGGGAGAAAGCUCUGGAGUCUGGCAAACCGCUGGCGGUUUCUGGGAACCCUAUUCAGUGGUCUCAUCUCGCCGACAUUAUUGAACCUCUUGCUAAGAUCUAUUUGAGGCGCGCAGAGAACACGCUCGGCAAAGCUAGAGCUGCGAACAGCAAUGAAGCCAUGCCUGCUUAUUCCGUAAAGGAGACCUUCGACAUGGCGAGUCACGAUGUUGAUCUGCUCAAGAGGUUGGAGCAAAAGACUGAUAUCUGGGUUAACACGACCGUGUUUUGUUGUUUGGCACGUUAUUACAUGGUUUCUAAGGAUACAGUUAGAGCGAAGAAAGCGGUCGUGAAGGUGAUCGCGGCCUCGAUAGCUGUACUGUCAGACUCCGACGAGUCAAACGACUGGUUCGCGUAUGUUCAACUUGGAAAGGUUUUCAACGCGCUUCAAGAUACGAAAAAUUCUGAGCAGGCGUGGAAAAGACUGGACAAGUUUGGGAAGCCGCCUUCAGAUCAGUGGCCCCCAUUCUAUUGCGCUGGAUGCAAUACAAAGGUCCCUCUUGCGAAAGGCGUGCAUGUAUGCAAGGAGUGCUUUGGGCCCAAGUACUUCGACAAGGAGUGUUACGACAAGAGAGACUUGAAAGGAUGCUCUACGACGCAUGGAUCUACUAUUUUCUUCCCUGAAGCCAAGGAAUCAAAGAUAAUAAUAUCCGAUGACGACCAGAUUAGAGAGAACUCGCUGAAGCAAUGGAAGGUACUGCUUCAAGGAAAGUAUCUCGAAGGUGCGGAUAUUGGGGAUGCUGCAAAGAUUCCUAUCGUGUCGUUAACCCCCGACUUAACGCGGUCGAAGUUCAAACGCCUAAGGAGGGACACUUCCUUAACUUCUAUUACCUUUGAGGAAGACGAAUUGAUGGACGAAAAGAAGCAGAUGAGCUCAACGGAGAAAAAGCUGAGGAACAAAAAGCCUGUAGGAAGCCGUCAUCAUUCGGUAUUACGACGCAUUGGAGAGGCUGACGAGGAUGAGGAUUCCUCUAAAUGGGAAGAGAGAAAUGACCGCAAAGAGAACGUGAAAAAGCAUAUUGAAGCGAGUCAUGAGGGACUAGUGGAUCUCCAAAAUGAGGAGGGUACCGUAGAAGAACGCCCUGAAGAGAUUGACGAUGAACUGGCGGGCCUGGUAGAUACCGUACCACAGUCUCUUGAAGACAAUGACGAGGAAACGCUGAGGGAAGAUACCGUACCAGCACGUAUUGAAGAUGAAGAGAUUUAUGAAGAGAGUGAUGAGGGAAGAUACCGUAUCAGCACGUAUUGAAGCUGAAGAGAAUGAUGAGGAACUGUACAACUUCUAAAAUAGGGAUAGUAUCAUUUAAGACGGGCUAGAUGGGAAGGGAUACAAGACAAGGAUCAAGAGUACGGGCAUAUGUGCAAUGCCUAGUCAUAGAACUCCGUACACUCCUUUCAACGCUGCAUGAGGAACCUUGUACCAUUUUCAGCAUUUUCAAAUGAGAGAGAAGUUCGGCAUUUUGGACAGUCAGUAAACUCGGAAGACUACCCCAGCGUGUCCAGACAGCGUGUCCAGACAGCGUCAGCAGGCU